GGCCCGGGGUGCGCGAGCUCGGGCGGUGCCGGCGGCCGCGCCCCCUCCCCCCGCGCCCAUGAGGCGGCGCCAGCUCCGCGCUGCGCCCCCAGCCGCCAUGCGGGGUCGCCGGCUCCUCCCGCCGCGGCCGCCCCUCCUGCCGCGGCCCUAGAGCCGGGGCCGGGGCCGGGGGGCCCAUGCUGCCUCUGCUGCUGCGGCCGCCGGGGGACGCCGCGCCCCGGCCCGGCCCCGGCCCCGGCCCGAUGCAUCCCAGAAUGAAUGAAAUGAACCUAAGUCCUGUGGGGAUGGACCAGCUGACCUCAUCCUCUGUGAGCAAUGCCCUGCCUGUCUCAGGAAGCCACUUGGGACUGGCUGCAUCACCUACUCACAAUGCCAUACCAGCACCAGGCUUGCCUGUUGCAAUUCCAAACCUGGGCCCCUCCUUGAGUUCUUUGCCCUCUGCCCUAUCUCUGAUGCUCCCAAUGGGUAUUGGGGAUCGAGGAGUGAUGUGUGGUAUACCAGAGAGAAACUACACCCUACCUCCACCACCGUACCCUCACCUGGAGAGCAGCUACUUCAGACACAUUCUACCUGGUAUCUUAUCUUACUUAGCUGACAGACCUCCACCUCAGUACAUCCACCCAAACACUAUAAAUGUUGAUAGCAAUCCAGCAUUAUCUGUCUCCAAUAAUCCUUCAGCCCUAGAUCCCUACCAGUCCACUGGAACUGUGGGGCUUGAACCUGGGAUUGUCUCCAUGGACUCCCGCACAGUGAACACACAUGGUGCUCAAAGCCUACAUCCUAGUGACAGCCACGAGGUAGCAUUGGAUACUACAAUAACCAUGGAGAGCGUUUCAAGGGUAACCAGCCCAAUCUCUACUGAUGGCAUGACUGAGGAGCUGACAAUGGAUGAUGUAGCUGGGGAUCAUUCUCAAAUCCCAAAUGGCUCCAGGAAUCAUGAAGCAUUAGCUGUAGACACAGUGGGUAACAACCUAGCUUCAGAUGCAGUAGGACAUAGUGGUGUCAUACCAAUGCAUGGUAGCACUUUGGAACUUCCUGUUGUCAUGGAGCCUGACCACAUUGCCGGACGGGUAAGCGCAAUAUCAGACAGCACACUAAGUGACUCUAUUCAUACCGUGGCCAUGAGCACCAACUCUGUGAGCGUGGCACUCUCUACCUCACACAACCUAGCUUCCCUGGACUCUGUCUCCUUGCAUGAAGUGGGCCUCAGUCUCGAGCCUGUGGCAGUGUCUUCCAUAAACCAGGAAGUAGCUAUGGGACCAAGCCAUGUGGAUGUGUCUUCAGACAAUCUCGCCUUUGUACCAGCAUCGCUGCAAAUGGAAGACUCCAAUUCAAACAAAGAGAAUAUGGCUACCUUGUUUACCAUAUGGUGCACACUGUGUGACAAGGCGUACCCAUCGGACUGCCCAGAUCAUGGUCCUGUUACCUUUGUUCCUGACACCCCAAUAGAGAGCCGAGCAAGGCUUUCCCUCCCAAAACAGCUUGUUCUACGGCAGUCUAUCAUGGGAGCUGAAGUUGGUGUGUGGACUCGAGAAACCAUUCCCGUGAGGACUUGCUUUGGACCACUGAUUGGGCAGCAAAGUCAUUCUAUGGAAGUAGCAGACUGGACAGAUAAGGCAACCAAUCAUAUUUGGAAGAUGUACCACAAUGGCGUCCUGGAGUUCUGUGUCAUUACAACUGAUGAAAAUGAAUGUAAUUGGAUGAUGUUUGUACGUAAAGCCAGGAACCGGGAAGAGCAGAAUCUGGUAGCUUAUCCACAUGAUGGAAAAAUCUAUUUUUGCACAUCACGGGACAUCCCUCCUGAACAUGAGCUGCUUUUUUAUUACAGCCGGGAUUAUGCUCGACAGAUUGGUGUCCCUGAACAUCCAGACGUGCAUGUGUGUCACUGUGGAAAGGAAUGCACUUCCUACACGGAGUUCAAGACCCAUUUGAGCAGCCACAUCCAUAACCACCUCUCCAGCCAGGGACACAGCAGCAGUCAUGGGACAAGCCACAGUAAGGAAAGGAAGUGGAAGUGUUCCAUGUGCCCCCAAGCUUUCAUCUCCCCUUCCAAACUUCAUGUCCAUUUCAUGGGACACAUGGGCAUGAAGCCACACAAAUGUGAUUUCUGUAGCAAAGCUUUCAGUGAUCCUAGCAACCUCCGGACUCACCUCAAGAUACACACAGGCCAGAAGAAUUAUCGCUGUGCUCUCUGUGACAAAUCCUUCACCCAGAAGGCUCAUCUGGAGUCCCACAUGGUCAUCCACACUGGAGAGAAAAACCUCAAGUGUGAUUACUGUGACAAGCUGUUCAUGCGGAGGCAGGACCUCAAGCAGCACGUGCUCACCCACACGCAAGAACGGCAAAUCAAGUGUCCUAAAUGCGACAAGCUGUUCCUGAGGACAAAUCACUUGAAGAAGCAUCUCAACUCACAUGAAGGAAAGAGGGACUAUGUCUGUGAAAAGUGCUCCAAGGCUUACCUAACCAAAUAUCACCUCACUCGCCACCUAAAAAUCUGUAAAGGUCCCACAUCCAGUCUCUCUGCCCCAGAGGAGGAGGAAGAAGAGGAUUCAGAGGAAGAAGAACUAAUAGACUCUGUGAGGACUGAAGACUGUAGGAUUAACCGUGGAGUGUAUUCAACAGAUGACUCUCUUUCUGGACACAAGUGAGGAGAGGGAGGAAAACUGCUUGGAUGUAAAAUUUUGGGAGGAAAAGUUACGCCUCUCUCCCCAACUACCAAGUUAGCAAAUGAAUCUAUUUCCCUGAUGUAUUAACCUCUGUGGCCAAAACAUUGAACUCUGAUUGAGAAUGGACGGUACGCUUAUCUGUUGAGAGUGGAUGGUACACCUGUCUAUUGACAAUGAACCAUUUCUACUAGGGAAAUCUGCUUCAAGAUCAUAAACAUACACGGUGUGUACUCUGACUUCUGUGCUGACUGAAGCUCGUACUCUCCUGGUAUGCUGCCAGGAAGGAGGCCACCUUGCUUGAUUCUUUGGGCAAAAGAAUCGCUGACCAACCAAGUGAUUCGGUUAUUGUGGGGAUGUAUGAGCCAACAGUCUUGAACUGCCAAAGCCAUGAAAGUGUGUCGAGUGUUUAGAAAGGAAAAAAAUGAUUGUGUCACUCAAGCCACAUCCACACCUUGCGCCACUGCUACUUGUCCUUAGGGAAUGCCCUUACCAUGUACACUUUGGUGCAUGGCAAUUUACCCCAGGGGCAGUACGGGAAGCUGGGACAGCAGCCUUACCUGAGGUCCUGGGGCCUCCCGGGGCUGCAGCAAUGGCGAUUCUGCCACCUGGAGCCUGGCUGGCAGCUUCAGCGCAGCUCUGGGUGGCCCUGCUCCAUUUUUGAGUGGCGUGGGCUGCCCAUGUGUGCACUGCUCUGUGUUCUUUUGUCUGCGGUGGGGUUUGUUUGUUUUGUUGGUUUUUUUUUUUUGACCCCUGGAUCUACAGGGGUCAAAAAAACCUGCAGGGAAAAAGGCAGAGCACUGCACACAUGGGCAGUGCUCCCUUGCAGCGCAGAGAACACCUGAAUGCAAUAUUUGGCACCGCAGAUGUGCUUGCGGUGCCCCAUACCGCAUGGCUGUGCUUGUUUGGACGCAGCCUCAGUGUGUAUUUUUUUCACUUUUUAAUUCAGUGGUUGGGUUUGUCUUCUCUCAGAGGCACAGAUAGAGCAUAGCACAAAGAAUUCAUGCUCAGGUUUCCUUCUGGAGUGGUGAUUCUCAGCUGGGGAUACUGGUAUUCUGGUUUGCCUUGAGAUCAUGUCAAGGGUGACUUAGGGUGCCAAGCACUCUUCGCAGUUAGGUGUGCAAACGUGAUUCACAAGAUGAACCCAAGGAUCUCAAAUAGGAAUCCAUAAUGUUAAAAGCAUCGUAACCUGUUGUGGUCUGUCUGAGUUCUUUGCAACAGAAGAAUUGUUCUGUUAAUUUUUCCAUAGUUAAGAAAUGAAUCAGAAAUGCCAGCUCUUAGUUUUCAGAGAGGUCUUGUCAAAUGAGGUUGAGAACCACAGUCCUAAAGAUACGAAUUUAAUGCUUUGGUUUAAAAAGAAAAAAAAAAAGCAGUGAAGUUGACGCUCAUUGUGGACAAAACAAUUACCUGACCACAGACAAUGUAGAGGAAACCAAAAAUUGGCUUUCAAAAAAACAGUAUUUCCUCUUAGCUCCUGGUUAACUGGAUGAGAGGGCUGGGAGUGAUCCUAACACAUACCUGGUCUCAGUUUCAUGGGAUUGACUUGGCUUUUAGAGUGAACAAGAGACUCGCAAAUGAGCGCGUAGUGUUUACAGCAUGUAUUGAUAUGCGUGGCUGUGCUGUGAACCUUGACCACGUGCGGUGGUGGUAGCAAUGGGAGGGUUUGCUGCUAAUGAUAUUUAUGGAAUGAAAAUGUAUUUCAUUCAAAUUUGGUUUUCCUUUCGGGAAAAAUUAAAUAUGACUGUUUUCUAA